AUGGCGACGAGGGCUGUUGAUCAUGACCGAUGUGGGGCACGACGUCCCGUAACUGGUUCUGUUGCUUUGCUCGACGCCGUGGCACGCGCAGACGAGGAGGCGGUUCUGCGGUCUCUUGAGUCGGGUGCUGACGUGAAUGCCUCGGAUACCUCUGGUAGAACAGUUAUUUCAUGCGCGAUCGCGGGCGAUAGUUGGGAGAAGUUGGACGUGUCUGACGCGUCGUAUCAGCUUCAAAGUCGUCUGAAUAUCCUGCAUCAUCUUCUGGGAUGCGCGGAACUAUCGUUACAUACGUUGAAUGCGCCAGUGCGAGGCGUCUCACCCCUGUGUCUCGCUGCUUGGCUCGAUGUGCCUGAGAUUGUGCGGCUCCUCGUCGAAUGCAGCGAUGGCCUGGUAUCCGUCAAUGCGACAGAUACCUAUGGCGCCACGCCUCUCAUGUAUGCUGCAAGAGAUAGCCGGGUACGAACCCUCGCGCACGGUGCCAGGCCCGACUACUGGGAUGUCAACUAUCGGACAUCAAAUCAGUACGCUCUCCGGCAUCCUUACAUCUUGUGGUUAUGUGAGCAGGCCUUGAGGCGAUUCCGUCUCCGAGAGCCAAUGCCCUACUUUGAUAGACUGGUUGAUUCAACGUCCUCCAUGAUUUACGACCCAGACAUGACCGCGGCCGCGACAUACACAUUGCGCGGCUCUGCUAGACCCACUGAGACGCUUGUCCAGGCGGUGAUCACCGCCGAUCUUCAACAAUUGCGCUCCUUGCUGUUCUCCCCGAGGCCCUCUUCCGUCGGUUCCACGCUGGGGGAUACACCCGUUUUGGUCAACCUCCCAGACUCCACAGGCUGGAGCCCUAUUCAUUACUGUGUCUCUGCUGAGCGUCCCUCUGUGGAAGUGCUCGACACCCUCUAUCGCGCCGGUGCCGACCAUUUGGUUAGUGACCUCCGUGCACCGCUGGCGGCUAGGGAUUCCAAUGGAAAUACCUGUCUCCAUAUUGCCGCACAGUAUGGUAAGAGUGUCGACGUGGUGGCGGCACUACUCGCGUGUGAUCCCAGCGGCACCAUAGCGGAUAUGCGCAAUGCGAACGGUCGCAGAUUGACAGCAUUGGAGGUCGCCAACCCGGAACUUCGCAUCGCGUUUGGUGUGGACAGUGAACGCAUACGCUCCAUGUCUUCUGCGUCCAUUCGUACUAUCAGACCGUCCACAGCGACAUCUGUCAAGUCGAUGCCGCCCAGACUCGAUGAAGGCUAUCCCUCUCCGCCCCUCUCUGCCCGGUUGUGGAAGAACGAUAAUUCAGAGGCUGAUGUCGACUACAUGACCUUGCCUCUGCAAAUCCUCGACAAUCUGCGGUCCGUAUCUACUAAUCUUGCGGACAUGACGUCCCUCGACGUGACGUGGUGUACUCAGGUUCUGAAGGAGACGUCAUCUAUGCGCGACCGACUGUUGCCCCACUUGCGUUCCCGCAUGCGCGACACGGUCGCAGAGCUGCGUAGCGCUCGCAAGUUAUUCCAAGACGUCUAUGGCCUGUAUCAGGAGACCAGUCAUUCACUCGUGGACGUGCUCGGUUCAGAGGAGUGGAAUGAUCCCCAAGGCAGUUCCGGGCACUAUCGGAGGCGCACGACCGACUCUAACGAUUCCGACGUAACGGCUGUGUCCGAUGCCAGCUACGUGCUGGUGAGUCGCAAGUGCCGGUCCAUGACAGAUCUCAAAUUGUCUCGGCGCUCGGAAUCGUCGACUUCGUCGGGCAUCCCGCUCUCGCCUGUCCCAUCAUCUCCAUCCACCACCACUCUGCUGGGUCAAGGGGGUCCGCGAAUUGACCGUACACCAGUUUCCUCCAAGGAAAGCUCCCCAUCCCAGUCCACGGCAUCUUCGAUUCGGCAGCUCACCCGGAAGCGUAGCCACACGUGGAACGACUCGAAGUCCGCUGCUCAGUCGGAGUUGGGCAAAAAAGGAUCUGCUCCCAGCAAUGCUUCCAAGCUGAAGGCCUGGCUGAAGAAAUUGAUGCCCGAGCUCGCGUCGAAGUCUGACAGCGCUCCUGAUGGACGGUCGAGGAGCCAUAUCCUUGGGAUGAGGAUGAGGAAUGUCUCUACUUCAAGCCGUGCAGAUGGUGUUACUUUCACCGUGCUGUCAAUGUGUCGCCGGUGCAUGGAUGCUUCGUGUCAGGAUCUCACCCGCAUAGAAGCCUGUUUGGAUGUGGUGGAGCAAUAUAUCACAUGCGCUAAGCGGGCAAUAACUCAUGCAGAGGCUAGACUCACGAAAGCUAUUGAGUCGUGGCGCAACCAGCCCAUCAUAAUGCGUCAGGACGAUAUGUCGGACUCAUCAUUCAUAGAGGGCGCAAGCACGAAUCGACCACGAGUGCAAUCCGCGAGUUCAUCCAUCGCAUCGAUAUCGUCCACCCUCAUCGAGGGCGACGAUGAUGAUACGCGCGUUUUCCGCAGGUUGAUCUCAAACAAGGUCGAGGUAUGGCUCGACGACUCCGAAGAAGAGGUCGACAAGGCGAUCGCGUGGCUCCUUGUAUAUACCGCCCACACUUUUCCUGCAAACGCGGUCAGCGUGGCUGAGAUACAGGGCGCGUCGUUUCAGUCCCCGCUGGCCGGGUCCAUGGUACAAGAUGUAACUGGAGUGGUUACAGCAAAGGGCCGAUUUGGCUCGCCAGUUGGCAUCAACUCAUCGGUAUAUGGUCUUGCGAAGGAUAAGUAUGGCGUAUGGAUAAUGGGAGACUCACCCAGCGACGACCCGCGCGUAUCUAAUGGACUACGUAUUUACGGAUCCUCCGCUCUGAAGUCCGUGUCUUUAGGAGACAGGAUAUCCCUCUCGGGGCGUGUCACGGAGUAUCGCGCCAACUACAGUCCAAACGACCUAUUCCUCACCGAGCUGGACCUGCCACACGCAGUCACGGUGCUCUCGCACGACAACCUUGUUGUCCCUCUCGUUUUGGGCGAAGACCGUACCCCUCCCAUCGGGCAGCUUUCAGCGUGCGAUGUCGGGCCAGACGGAUGGCUCUCUGUGCCGAACAACGUUACACUGCUAGAGUCGCUGAAUGCUACCUUGCAGCCAGACCUGUAUGGGCUUGACUUCUGGGAAAGCCUGGAGGGACAGCUUGUCACCAUACCGUCUCCAGUCGCGGCCAACUUCCCAGACAGAUUCGGUUCCGUCUGGGUCUAUGACUCAGACAAUACUCCUUACGCACAUCCUGGAGCUAUCCUCAUUGGCCAUCCCCUUGACAACACCAGGAAUCCGCGCACUACUAUGGGCACGACGAUGAACGAUAUCACGGGCAUUGUGACCUACCAAUACGGGAGCUACUACGUCUUGCCUCUUACUGCACCCAAGAUUCUCUCUUUCCCAACUUCCAAACCCGAGCCUGCGUCGGUCGUUUCUAGUACGCAUCCCUGUGACAUAACGAUUGGCGACUACAACGUAGAGAAUAUGGGCCCUCGUUCACACCACCAAUCGAAGAUCGCUGAGCAUAUCAUAGACUUUCUCAAUGCACCCAAUAUUGUCUUCGUCCAGGAGAUUCAGGACGACUCAGGGACCAAGAACGAUGGCACGGCCUUCGUUGACACGCUUCUGGCGCACGACGCCAACGCCAGCAUCAUCGCCGGCGGCGACAUGAAUGAGUUCCUUCAGACCCGCAGCGUCUUCGCCGCGUUGCAGGACCUGCUAAGGGACAUCAACGAGAUCGCGGGGGUGCCGCCGGCCGAACGGUACACCUACGUGUACGACCAGCACGCGCAGGAGAUUGAUCACAUAUUCGUCUCGCCCGCAAUCGCAGCGCGUGGCGCGGAUGUCGAACACGUCCAUAUGAAUACAUGGGCUCAGACUAUGGGUGAGCGUGCGAGCGACCACGAUCCCAGCGUUGCGCGGGUGUGGGUAUGCGAGAGCGAGGGCGAGGCAUGGAAGGAGGGGCCCAUUGCCAAUAGCGGCGUAGAGGUUGAUGGCCAGAUCGUGUUCUGGUAG